GGAGGGUCAGGGGGGUUCGGGUUCGGGUUAGCGGGGCACUACUUGCUCGUGUUUUAGGAGACGCGCGUGCAGCCGCCGGUGCGGUUGUUGUUGGUUUUAAAUGCCUCGACCCGGUCGGCUGGUCGCCCGUUGAGGAGCGGCACUAAACACACACACACACACACACACGCGCGCGCACACGUGCACACAACAACGCGCGCGCACACGCCAACGCGCAACAAGUCCGGGCGGCUAAAAGAAUGGAGGUGAGCAGACGUCCUCGGCACCGGGAAGCCCUUUAAGUCCCUUACGGACGAGGUCCGGCUGCGUUACGUCUAAAGUAGCUAAUGGCAGCUAACUGUUAACGUCAAUGACGUCACCAGACGCCGCAAAUCGGCACGUGGCAGGUGUGCGCGUGAGUCUUCACUUCGCUUAAUUACGUUUAUUUUUUUUGUUGUUCUAUGCCGAAACAGUGUCAAAGAGUGUCUCCUCCGUCCGUUGAUCUGACCUUUUGGAACCGGUUCAUGCUUCUCUGUGAUGAGUAAACUCUGAGCCUCUGCUGGAGCCCCUAAUCAUAGGGUCUGGAUCGUGGGACUACAUUUACUGCACUUAUUGAGUCUUUUCCACCCCUCCCAUGUUCCUGCUCGCUCUCCAAAUCCACCAUUUGAGCUUAGUUUGCAUGGAAAUAAACAACCGCACAGGCUGAAUCUCUGCUAGUGUCCGUUCAUCGUGAAUUAACAAAAUAAAUGUACUCGUUUUUUCUCCCCUGAAACCCCAGUCAUUGCUGCCCACUGACGCGCCGUGUCCAGUCUGCCGGGAUGGGCCGUGAUCUGGAUGCCUGACUCUCGGCGUGGGGGGGGGGGGUUGGGGGGAGGACGAGGACCAAUCGCACGACGAGAUGCUGGCUCGGAACCGCUUCCUCCUCCUGGUGGUGGUGGGCGGGGCGGUGCUCGCCAUCAUUAGCCUGAGCCUCCAGUUCUGGAACCUGAUCCCCGUGGCUCCCACGCUGGAGGAGCUACCCUUCCAGGUGGGGGGGGGAGGCGGCGUGGCGGCGGCGGCGGCUCCGGGGAAGAGCAGAAAGCGGGUGUUCCCGGCGCCUCGCACCCAGGAGCCCGACCCCUUAUCGGAGGCCUACAGCUACUGCAACACACCCAACCGCACCCAGCAGGCCUGGGAGGGUCACAGUCCGGCCGACUACAAGCUGCUGUCCGUCCAGGUGAUGAUUCGCCAUGGCGACCGCGCGCCGCUCUACUACAUCCCCAAAACCAAGCGACCCGCCAUCGACUGCACCCUGUCCGCCAGCAGGAAGCCCUCCCACCUGCUGCUGGACUCCUUCAUCCGCCACAUGGCCCAGGGGGGCCGCGGCCACUGGGAGUCCCCGCUGGGGUCCGUCCACCGUCUGCCCAACCACAGCGUCUGCGAGAUGGGGGAGCUCACGCAGACGGGUGUGGUGCAGCACCUGCGCAACGGGCAGCUCCUCCAGCAGGCCUACGGGCGGCACCGCCUCCUCCCGCCCGAUUGGUCGCCCCGCCAGCUGUGGCUGGAGACCACGGGCCGGAGCCGCACCCUCCAGAGCGGACUGGCCUUCCUGUACGGCUUCCUGCCCGACUUCGACUGGGGCAAAGUGACGGCGCGCCACCAGCGCAGCACGCUGUUCUGCGACGCCGCCUGCGACUGCCCCGCGCGAAACCGCCACCUGGAGGAGGAGCAGAGGCGGCAGUAUCGCCUCCGGGUGGGCGACGCCGAGCUGGAGAGGACGUACGCCGACAUGGCGGAGACGUUGGGCCUGCCCACCCGCCAGCUCCGGGCCGCCAACCCCAUAGACUCGCUGCUGUGCCAGCUGUGCCACAACAUUCCUUUCCCCUGCGCCACGGCGGGCGCCGGCGGGUGUCUGACGAUGGCGCAGUUGGCCGUGAUCCGCCGACAGCAGCUGGACGACGGGGUGGAUCGGAGAAAAGCGGGGCUGUACCACAAGUACGCCGUGCUGGCCAUGUACCCGUACCUCAACCGGACCGCCGCCAGGAUGGAGCGCGUCGUCAGGGAUAGCGGGGCCGGCCGGCAGCCCCGCCGCGCGGGAGGCGAGGAGGUCUUCGCCCUGUCCUCGGCGCACGACGUCACCGUGGCGCCGUUGCUCAGCGCCCUGGGGCUGGAGGAGCCGCACCUGCCGCGCUUCGCGGCGAGAGUGGUCUUCGAGCUGUGGAAGAGUCCGAAGAGGAGAGGCGGCGGCGGCGGGAAAGACGGGGAGCCGUUCAUCAGGUUGCUUUACAACGGCGAGGACGUGACGUUUCACACCAGCUUCUGUCGCUCCCACGAGCGCCACGCCAGACAGCCGCUCUGCCCCCUGAAGAACUUCCUGUCUUUCGUCAGGAGGGACAUGUUCGGCGCAGUAAACGCCACGUCCUACCAGGAGGCGUGCUACGGGCGUCGCGGCUGAAGCGCGGACUCUGACUGAAACGGAGACGGGUUGAUGUUUUCCACUUUUCAAAAUGGUGCACAAAGCCGCCUGUGAUGUCGUAAAAUGGUGACACACACUUUCCAACAUUUCUACACGUUUUUUUUUUUUUUGUAAGGUGCAAUUCAAGGGAAGUCACAUUUUUCACCACUUUAUUCCAUUUUACAUUCCACGUAAAAUGUCUAUUUCCAAAAUGUUGAUGAGAAAAGGGAACAUGCGAAAAUAAAUUUAUCAUUCCUGGGAAAUAUUUUGUGUUUUUAUGAAUAUUUCCUUCCUUCCUUGCAUUCAUUUUAAACUACAGAACAUGUUUUUAUAAGUUUGUGACAUAACUGGUCCAAUCCACUUUUUGCUUGUAGGUUUCUAAUAAACUUUUAUUCUGAGCUGG